CAACAACAACCAACCAGUUCACAAUGCCCACGUACACGCCCGGGGCGACCCAUCCGCCUGCGCACCUCAUCCUCAACAGCCCACACCUUGUCGACGCAAUAUUCGACUCCGUGGACCGGCCUUAUCUCGUCCUCUGUAUGAGGGUCAACAAGCACGUGCACAACAUUGCCGGCGCGCGCCUGUACCACACUGUACGUCUCGACCGCGACGCCAUUGUGCCCUUCUUCCUCGGCGCCGUCGACCUCCACGACCACGACGACGGGUGGGGGCACCUCGACUGUGAUUGGUGUGGCAGCCCCGGUGGAGGCGCGCAGCUGUGCGCCAACCCACUGUCGAGGAAGGGGCUGCUACUCUCGCAAGUCCGCGUGCUUUCCCUUGGGUCGCAUGACCAAUACUUCUGCGACGAGUGGGGCCCGAUCGCUGGCGAGCUCCUCACCGCUGUCGACACCCUUCGGCUUGUGCCAGCCCCCGUGACCACGGUUGUUCUUCAGCCGUUCUGCGCAUCUUCACCCGCGUACGAGGAGUGCCACUUUUUAGCGAACCUUAGGACGGUUCGCAAGGUCGUGAUGCGCAACAUCGACCAGCACAAUCGCGGACUCGGCUUUCUCACCAGCUCAGCUCUCGCCUCCGUCAAGGAGUUGGUCCUGGUGCUCCCUACCGACCCUCACAGGUCCAUCGGCUGUGAAAUCUUUGCCAACAAUGCCACGGACUAUCGCCGAGAGAUGGAGCUCAAGUUUGUGUUCCAUGGCACCUGGGAGACUUGGAGAUCUCCUCCAGCUUGCUGCCAUCCCCCGAAGGAUCCAUCAUCAUAUGUCAACCAUUACUGCUUCGGCUCCUACCAAGCCGUCGUUAACGGUUCCUUCCGCCCCCUCUACCCCUUCAGUGAGAUUAUCAGCCCUCUCUUCGGUGAUUUUAGGGGCCCCGAGUUGCACACCGCGACUCUUUAUGGUCUUGAGUGCGUUCGGCUCGGCGAUGAGGAGGAUUUUACAUGGGCAUGUAGGAAGGGAAUCAGCCUCCACCAGAUGGUGAUCGACGAAGUUCUCACUGGGUCAUACACUGUCUGGGAUGCCUUGGGCACGGGAGACUGGGACGACUUCGUUAUGCUCCCGAUCUCCGCCGAGGGCGUCUUCUUCAGGACGCUCGCCGAGUACGCCUCGCUCAACCAGAAGGAGAGGAUGUAUGAGCUCCACGAUGGGCUCGACGAGGUCCCCGACAGCGCUCAGUGA